AUGCCCAGAAAACCCACGCCGGCAGCCAAGCAGCGCGUGAUGAGCAGAAGCCCAGAUGUGCGAAUUUUUGUUGAUGACUCGCCUCUUGCAGCUGGGAGUAAAGAAAAAUCGAAGGAGCAGCAGCCUCCACCAGAUGAGGCACAGAACAAUCCUGCGUUCGCUGAUGGUCUGCAGUCAUCAGUUGGAAGCCAUGAUGACACGGGAGAUGGUCGGGCUUUUGAAUUUCAAAGCAUUUUAUCGGCCGACGUGCCGAGUGUUGAUUUCUCAGAACCUCCAAUUCCAUAUAUUGGAAGACGGAGCACGCCAGAUGCCCGGUUCAUGACUAGUCCUCCCUACUUUAGACAUGUGGGUUCUGUUCCUAGUUCACAGACAAUUGAGCGCCGGGGGCUACUCGCAAAUGGAAGCCAAGAAACCGAUCUGCUGCGACAUUUCCGUUAUCAUGUUGGUCCGUGGAUUGACACCGGAGAUCCUGAGCUCCCAUUCGGACUUCAAGUGUUGCUACUUUCGCGGACGAAUCGGGCUUUACAAGCUGCGGUGCUUUCCCUCUCUGCUGGUCAGAGACUGCUUCUGCCAUUUGCGACCAGUGAGGAUGUUGAGAAUAGUCGGCAGUUCCGGAAAGAGGCGAAAGAGAGUCUUGCGGUCGAGUCUGAUUUGGCUAGACAUGCUGGUCAAACACUCUUGAUGCUUCAAGACGUUUUGCCUGCUGGACCACAGCAGUGGAGGAAUAUUCUUAUGCACAGCAUAGAACAAGGAUGUGACUUUUCAUCGCAGGCUGGUCUGGGAGAAGAGGUUGGAGAGGCGUUGUUAUGGCUUUACUUUCGACUCGAUCUCGCAGGCUGCAUCUCGUCUUCCAAGCCACCGCUCAUUCCUUUUCGAUCAUUACUGCGGCGCGACGGUACAUUAAUACACCACCCACAAUCUCAAAUCCAGCCCCAAACCGUCAACCGUGCAUACAAAAAUAUUCUAUGUCUACUCGGACAUUGCUUGUCUCUGAUAUACGGAGACCCCGAAAUGCCGUCUCCGCAUGCAACGGCCCCAGAACUCGCAUUCCCCUCACUCCGACAAUCACAUUUCCUCUCCCAAUGGACCUUCCUCUGGACAGACUGUCAGAAAUGGUACAACGAGCGCCCAGAAGAUGUCCAGCAGAUUGUGGAUAUUCGAGGUGGAGAGGCCGAUCAAAUCGAUCCUGAUCACAACUCGUCCUUCCCGAUUCUUAUCUACACGACGCCAAUGGCGCUGGUCGCUAAUGCUGUCUACCAUAUUACCUCUCUGCUACUAUUGACGCACAAACCGCGGCUUUUGAAAUCCCUUCCAGGUGCUAGGUGUUACACCUCGCAUAUUUGGCAUGCACAGUCGAUAGCUGGGAUUGCAGCAAGCAAUGAUUCCCCGGAGCAAUGGGACCCGAUUUUAAUUGCGGGUCUUCUCACUAUUGCCCGCGAUAUGACACAUGAGUCGCAACAAGUUGUGUUGUUGGAACGAUUAGCCAGGAUCACUGCCACGACGGGAAUAAAUCUUGACCGGGAGACUAAGGCGCUACAAGCAUCGUGGAACAUGGCGCGAUAUGAGGAGGAAUUUGACGAUGAAGCUGAUAUAUGA